AAAAAACAACGCACACUGGAAUUCACGAGUUCCUUAGUACACAGCUGGUAGCUAGAAAACCAAUUGGCUACGCUCCUUUAUACUUAAAAGCGGGAAAUGGUAGCCUCGAUUUGAUUGCAGAAAAACCACAAGUACAUUGACGUCAUUGACCUACUUUCCAAACCGAUCGAAAUUCCCAGGGAUUUUUAGUAGAGUUUGUGGAAUUUAGAACGUGAUUUAAUAUUUGACAUACAUAGGCAUUAAUACCGAAUACUUUUAUAACAUCGUAUGACAGUUAAAUCAUGGAUUCCCGCUUUAAGUAUCCGUAAUUUGUGGGAACCCGAAAAGUGAAUCGUUAUUCCUUCUCGCUAAUGGUCGCCAUUCGGGAAUGCCACGUAGGAGAAAUCUAUCGGCCCCGCAACAGAAACGUCCUCUUGAUAAAGAUGAAGACGAUGCAAGAUUAUCUCCAAAAAAGCUCAGAGAGGACAGUGAUGGUAUCCAUGGUGAGAAUGAAGUCACAGAAACCAGUAGCCAAUCAGAUGUUGAUUCGAAGGUAGAUGUUCCAGAGCAAAGUAACCAAGGAGUGGUUCUUGGGAGUGUGGAUGAUGAAGAGCUAGAACUAAAGGGGGACAACUCUGGGAGUGAUGAUGAAGCAGAACCAAGAGAGAGAAGUCUGUCUACCUCUUCUACGUCUGAACAGCGACAUCGGUCCCUCGAAGCACUAUUCCAGGUUACAGACACAGAAUUACAGGCAAUCUCAAAACAAGGCCCAGAGGGACAUCGUAUCGUUCAUAUAGAAAACAACAAUGAAGUAGAAACUGUGUAUGUCAUAGAUCCAGGCAUUCAGGAGAGGGAAGAAUUAGUCGGGGAACCUGAGGUAGUACAUGAAGAAAUCCAUAUUCCUAUCAUAGAUAGUUCUGACCCUGAGGAGGAGCAAGAAUUGUCCAUUCAUCGGAAAAGGAUCAGUUCGACACAAAGCCAUGCCUCGUCUAGCACCCCACAGCCAUCAACAUCUACCGAAGAGGAGGAAGCCGUUGAUACACCAAAAUGGCGCCAGUUUAAGAACAUCGAGAGAAUCCUACAGAAUGCUGGAAUUGACACCUCUUCGAAGACAUGGCACACUUUAACUCGACCCGGACGUCAUAUUUGUCCAUACUGCCAGCGGGCUUGUACGAAACCAAGUGUUCUUGAGAAACACAUCCGAGCUCAUACAGGCGAACGUCCAUAUCCUUGUUUGGUUUGCGGAUUUUCAUUUAAAACGAAAAGCAAUUUAUAUAAACACUGUAAAUCACGUGCGCAUACUCUUAAAGCAAAUGUUGAAGCUAAGAAAAUGAGGGCGCAAGGAUUAGCAGACGUAUCGGGUAAUGAAACGGAGAUACAAACAGUAGAUGGCAGUGAAUUUAAUUCUGCACAGUUUUUGGAAUUGGAAAAGAAAAAGAUGGAGCCUGCUCAAAGACACGUUAUUCAAGAAGUGGUGAAGUACCUUGAAAAAGGGAAAGGUCAAAGACCAAAUGAAGUUCAGACAGAAAGACAAAGAGCUAAAUUAGAAAGGUUAAAAUCAGUGCAAGAAAAAGGCUCUAGUGACUUGAAGAAAAAGGAUGAAAUAAGAAGUUUCCAAAGACAGUUAAGUUUACCGGUUUUAACGACAAAUUACUCGUCAAAAGGACCACAGUUUCAAAGGAUUGCACCAAAAGUAUUUGAUCCGUCUGAAGGAAGUUUCAGUGGAGAAGUGAAAAAUCUGGCAAAGAUUUUAGUUCCGGGAAGCUUCCUUGUAAAUGAGAAAGGUGAAGUUGUACAAACAGUAUCGAGUGUUGAAAACGUAGAGGAAGGAAACACCCAACAGAAUGUGAGUAGAUCUCAAGCAGACGACGACUUGUUUUAUAAUCAGAUAGAAAUUGUAAAUUUGCCUGAUCCUGAUACUGACCCCGAAACUUCGACAAAAGCUUUGCAUGACCUAGAAGAACUUAGUGAAAAAUUUUCAAAAGCUGCAAAAGAUGGUUUACGUCUAUCUACUGCUGUUCAGAGUCUACCAGAUAAAAGAGUACAAGUUGUGUUGCAGCUUCAGCAUCCAGGGAAGCAGUUGGCGCAGAAAUCUUUCAGCGGAGACGAAGAUGUGCCAGUCACACCUGUCGCUUCUAAAAGUAUCUCUUCAAAUGCAUUAAAAGAAAGAAUUCAAAAAUUGAUAUCUGCAAAUGCUGCUAUUGUUGAUACCCCAAAAGUUGAACCUCCAAGAGCAAAGUGCAUUAAAAGAAACAUGUCAAGACAAGAUAGUGAAACUCCACAAACUGUUCAAUCUGAAACUGAGGCUGCUGUAUCCGGUCUUCUGAUGCCGAAUAUAAGUUCUGUACCGUUACAACCAAUGGCGCUAGAAGGAGAGGUUGUCUACCAGGGUAGAAGAGAUGCUGGAUGGAACAAAAAGCAGAGUCAGAAGAUUGUAGUAGAAAAGAUGGAAUAUGAAGGGGAAGAUGUGCUUAUUAUAAAUAAUGAAAAUUCCGACGAUGAACAGUUUGAUAGUCCGGUGAAAUUUAAUAAAGACAAUAUAAAGGAUGGGAAAGACGUCUUCCAUGCAGUUGUUACAGCUGAAACUGCAGUGGCACAGCCUGGUAAAAGUGGUUCAGAGCCGGGUUACAGGAAGGGAACAAGUCAGUUUACUGGCAAAGGGUUGCGUGCAGGCCUUGAGUUGCCCUUGACAACAACAUAUUUGCCAGUUGUAAGUUCUAAUGGGAAAGCUUCACGUUUGAAACAAACACUACAGGCUGUCAGCUCCCUAGCAGCAGGUCAACCAGUCUCUGUUGUCAGGGGACAUAAGCCUACAUCAUCUGUUAUAAUGUCACCUAUGACUGUUUCAUCUUCACCACAAACUCCUGGUCAUAUUGGGAAGAUGGCUUUGAAAAAUCUUCAGAUGAAGUCACGAAGUUUGUCAUUAUCAUCAUCUGGCUCACAUACACCAGUGGUAACCCAGUCUGCAAUUCAGGUGUUGAGUCAUGCUUCAGCAAAAUUUGCCGGACAUACAGUUAGCCAGGCAGCUGCUCAGUAUUCAGUAGGAACACCAGGCCAGGCACCAGUGCAGUAUACAGUACAGACACCAAGCCAGGCACCAGCACAUUAUUCAGUGCAGACACAAGGUCAAACACCAGUUCAGUAUACAGUGCAGACACCAGGACAAGUUUCUGCACAGUAUGCAGUCCACACGCCAGGACAGGGACCUAUUCAGUAUACAGUUCAGACACCAGGACAAGCACCGGCACAGUAUACAGUUCAAACACCAGGGCAGGCACCUACACAAUACACAAUUCAAACUCCAGGGCAGGCCCCUGCUCAGUUUAUGGUUCAGACACCAGGUCAGGCACCUACUCAGUAUGUUUUGCAGACGCCAACUACUCCUGUUGCACAGGUACUACUUCCGGGAUCUUCCGUUCCCGUAUUACUUCUUGGCAAUUCUGGAGGUGCUCAGGUGCAGCCUAUACCUCAACCUAAUGAACAACAAACAGUCAUUUUGCAGCAGACGCAACAACAAAUUGCACAAAGUCGAACACCAGUUGUAAUUCAAACACCAGCAAAAACUCCUUCUCAACCAACUGCAAGUAGUCGUACAUAUUUGGUUCACCAGGAUGUUCAAGGACUUCCUUGUUCACAAACUGUUUUGACUGGACCUCCUAUGAUUUCUACAGUAGCUACACCCAAGAGUUCUGUAGUAGUGGCCCAGUCCCCACUUUCCUUGCCUAGCACACAGACUGAUCCCAUGAAAAUUCUAUCUUCUAUUGUUUCCAAUACGGUCAACCAGCAAAGAGUGACACACCAGUCAAAAACACCAUCACAACCGAAAGAGAUAAAGAUAGAAAUAAAACUACCUCCACCUAUUCAAAAUUAUGGUCCUGUUCCACAAAUGAAUACUGUGUCUGCGAUUCCUAAAGCCAAGCCUCCUUUAAAACGACAAAAUCCAGUUUCCAUGGGACACAGUCCACCAAUAUUGACUGCUUCUCCAGCAUUGAGUUCUCCAAAACCUGUAUUCAGAUUUAAGAAUGUGGUAACCAGUCUUACAGCAACCAGCAAAAUUGGCACACCAACCAUUCCUUCAACAGUUUUUAGACCGCAAAUAGCCUCAGUGAGAAGUUUAGGACAAACUUUGACAACAUCAGCAACAUCUAAACUUCCACAGACGUCGGUAAUAAAAGAAUUUCUGUUGAGAGGAAAACCUCCUGCUGAAAGUACAAUAGAUAGAAAUAGAAUCUCAGAAGAAGAUAAGAAGCAAGUGUUGUUCUUUUGUCCAUACUGUCACAUUUCAUUUAAAAAGAAAGAAACUUUGGACCUGCAUGUUUUGUGUUACUGUAAAAAUAAAAACCAAGCAGGGGAACCAGCUGUACAGACUGGUUCUCUGGCAAGCUCACAAAUGCAAACAGAAAUAGUUUCAAAGAUGUUUACCCAGUCUAGAGAAGGCAAAAUUAGUGUGGGUCAGAAAUCCAAUGGAAAUACUAUAAGCAAAGAAGAUACAUCCAAAAAUAGAGGAAGGUCUAUUUUUAAAUCGAAAACGGAUAACUUGGAUGAUUCCCCUACCAACAAGAAAAGAAAAUUUGAACUACCAUUAAACAGGAGUAGAAGUGUAAUCAUGCCACCAAGAGCUAGAGCAGUACAAGUGUUGGCAAGUUCACCCUUGAAUGAGUCGACGAAAAAGGAUUCAAAAUUUCCAGCACUAACAACUGUGUCAAGGCACGGUAAAGGAGACAAAAUGAAAAUGUCUGAGGAGAAGUUUCAAAAACAGGGUUUAGCAAGAAAGGAUUUAUGGCAAUCGAAGUUGAAAGGCCAAAUAUUGAAGAGAAAAUUGAAGGGAAAGUUGUUGAUGAACAGAUCAUUGAGUGUAGAUCAUUCUCUGAACAAAAAUCCAAAGGCGGACCAGAUCCUAAACAGAUUGGGACUUAAAACAAGGUUUUCUGAUUCAAAUUUAUAUAGAGAUCCUAUUCCAGAGAAGAAACCAAGAUUGGUUCGUUCAUGUGAUGAUACAAAUACCGCUGGCAUGUUGAUAAAAAGACCUAUAUUUAGGCGGUCAAAGUCGGUACCGGAAAUACCCAAGGAAGAAGAAGAAGAAUGUUUUGAGGAAGCAGAUCCUGUAAUGGCAAUAGGUGAGGAGGAGGAAAAUGAGAAUAAAGAUGAGACAAAAGUACGUGAGAAAAAAGACUGGCAUCUGGAAGCUGUUUCAGUACCUAUCAAUACAGCAGAUGUGGUGAUUAACUCCUUAUGUACUGUCAGACCUAUUUACCAGCAAAAUUUCCGAAUGAAAAGUUUUGAAGGAAUGGGUACACCGGUUCAGCUAGUUCCAUCUGCUACACUGACACCACGACCAGAACUGAUGGAAAUCGAAAAAGUGCGUAAAAUGUUUUCUUUCGAGUCUGGAAGUUUAAAACUUGUUCAGCCUACAGACUCAGAGAAUGAAUCUCCAACAAAGUCGCCAUUAAAAUCACCAUCUCUUAAAUUACCAAUAAUCUUGCCAGGUUCAAAUGUAAAUGAAGCAGGUCUGAAAACUCCACAAACUCCAUCGCAGUCUCCAAGUAAAAGUCCAAAACUGUUGGCAGUUCAGUCACCAUCUACUCCAAAAAAGAGUCCAAAUGUACACCAGUUCUCUCUUGUGGGGCAUACCUAUCCGUCAAUGAGAAGCAUGACACAUCUUACCUUCUGUUGCGUGGAUCGCCUUCAACCAAGUUAUGUUCGAGCAGGCAAGAAAGUGUCGAUGUACUCAAACUGGCGAAUAGCGCAACAAAAUACAAACCCACUUGGUUUAGCAACACGUACCUUAUUGUCCCUCUAUAACUCUAGAUAUUCAACAAAUCCUGUCUGGGUUAUCAACUGUGGUGCCGAUCCACGUAGUGGUGCCAUAACUCACAGCAGUUACUGGAAAAUCAAACAAGGUGAUACUAAUGUGGAUGCCGUUUUUUCCCUGAUUGAUUUGACAGAUUUUCCUAUUGAAAAAGAGAAAAGAUUUGAAGUUGGUUACAAGACAACAGAAGAGUCUGUGUAUGUACGAGGGAGAGGAAGAGGAAAGUAUGUUUGUGAAACGUGUGGAAUUCGAUGUAAGAAGCCUAGCAUGCUGAAGAAACAUAUCCGCACGCACACAGAUUUGAGACCGUACAAAUGUAAACAUUGUAAAUUCUCAUUUAAGACAAAAGGAAAUCUGCAGAAACAUAUGAAAUCCAAAUCACAUUAUAAGAAAUGUUUAGAUCUUGGGUUAAGUCCCGUUCCAACUGCGAUCGACGAAUCACAAAUUGACGAGGAAGCCCUGCAAGCGCAGUGUUACCUGUCGAAGCGAGCUAAGAUUGUGGACAAAGUGAACAAAUCAGUGGAAUCAGUUGAUAAAGAUACUAACACCACUGAUGACAAUGAUGAUGACGAUGCAGAGGAUGAGGAGGAUAACAAGGUUGAUGAUGAUGGUGAAGAUGAUGAUGAUGAUGAAAAUAUUGAUGAAAGUGCAAACACUAGCUUAGAUAUGUCAGUUGAUGUAAUCAAGAUGGAUGGAGAUGAGAAGGAAAAUCUUGAUUUUAAAGAAAGUGAGACAGCAUCAGACAUUCAAGAACCAAGUAUCUCACAGACUCAGCAUAAUCUGUUCUUACAGUCCCUUGGAAUCAUAGCCAAACAACAACUUACAGGGAACCAGACUGCUUCUCAGUUGCAGAUGACUGGUACUAAAUCUUUGCAGCUUCCCACUGUGACCAGUCUUGGAAUCAGUCUAGAUGGUCUGAAUCAUUUAGGAGCUCGGAAGUCUGUGUCGUCUGCUGACUCUGUGUCACAGGGUGCUAAUACAUCAAGUUUGAGUACCGUGUAUGGAAAUUUCAGUCAGGAAAAUGAAGAUGAAGCCACAGUGAACAAGGACAGUGAUGUCAUAUGGGGUCUUCUCAAUCUUUCUGACCAAUCACAUUCAUCCUCAGAUAGUCAGAGAAAAGUAGAAACUUUCACCAAACCAGAAAAACCAGAAGACCAAACAAAUCUGGGGAGCACCAGGUCAAUGUCAACACACAGCAAUGAUCUAACAACAUCAGGACCAAGGACGAAGGUGAAGGUCACACAAGCCUUAAGUUUCUUACCAUCAUACCUGAGCACAGCUUCUGGGAUGGCAGACACAACAAAACUGGGGUCAUCAAAGAGCGGACCUAUCAUUGGACAGAUUAUAAGAAAUGUAACUGCAAAUUCUAAAGCAAAUGCGUCAGAGAAAUCUAAGUCAAAUACAGUUUUUAUGCCAUUCCAGUUUCAGCAUCCAUUUCCAGGGACACCAGGUGUGGUCAUGUCAUCUUCAGUUGUUCCAUCACAAAAAGUUUCAGUGGCGGAAGGAACUACUUUUUCUUCCGGUGGACUAACAACUGUGUCUGCUGAAACUGUUCCUGUAAGUUCUAAAAAUAGUUCACACAGUGAACUGAUGUAUGUACAGAUAGGUAAUACAAAAGGGGAAGUGGAUACCAUCCAGGCUCAGAUUGUAAAUAUUGACCCUGAAGUGUUCAAAUCUAGAGGUAGUCAGGAUGGUUGCCCUAGUAACAUUACUGAAAUUCCACUUGAAAAUGUUUUGCAAUUGAGGAAAGUGUCUGAAGGUUUAUAUGUCAUCACAUCUGAACCAGAGGUUGGCAAAACAGACACAGGGUCACAGUCAAAAUUCACCCAGCCAAGUGCUAAAACGUCUGCUUCCAUUUUACCAACUAGUCAUGUGACAGGAAGUGCUAGUCACAUGACAGGAAGUGUUAGUCAUCUUGUCAGCUCAGAAGGUCAUUCGGGUCGUUUUGUGUGCAGUAUUUGUAGGGCAAGUUUUGAAGAGCAUCAUCAGCUUAUCUUACAUGGGAAUGUUCAUUUUCUUGAAAGUAGUCGAUUAAAGUGUGACAGACCUAGUUGUGGUCAGAAGUUUAGAUCUCAUUCAGCCCUAGAAAAACAUUUAAAAUCAGAGCAUAGUGCAGAUUCAAGUGACAGACUGUCUACUACAGACAGUGAUGACCCUAGACCUUACAAAUGUGAUCCUUGUGUUACGGCAUUCAGGUUAAAAGGUCAUUUAACCAAACAUUUUCGCUCACGUGCACAUUUCAAGAACUUGGAAGCUCUUGGAAAACUACCAAUUGGUACAUGGGAAAAAGUGGAACAGAAAGUGUCGGACAUUGAUGCUUAUACUGUUGAAGAAUUUCUAGCAAAAGUGGACAUCUUAGUGCAUAUAGGUCACGGUAGAUCAUCGGGUCAAAGUUCAUGGUCACAAAAGGAUGUAAGCGUCGAGGAGGAUGAGGUGUUUAUUGAGAAUGACGGCAGUGAGAGAGUACGGGUCGAAGUGAAUGAACAACCGUUUGAAAUUAGUACAAUAGGAGAAACAGAAAGAUACAGAGCUUUUCCAUUACCUGGAGUGUUCGUGGGUAACACUGAGAAGUUAGAAAGUGAUGUUACCCAAGAGACAUCUGUCACUGUCGAAGACUCGUACAAGGUGAAACCGCAUAAAUGUGGACUUUGUGGCCGAGGGUUUGAAACAGUGUCAGAACUCAAGAGCCAUCUUAUCACCCAUGCUGAACUGCGUCCGUACGUCUGUGAGUAUUGCGAUGCAGGGUUCACCAAUGCACAGUCCCUGAAGAUACAUCUGUAUACACAUGCACAGGGAACUCCAUACGUAUGUGGAAUGUGCGGUAUGAAAUUUCCAAAUAUAUCUGAUCUUACUGACCAUUGUAAGGGCUCACACCCUCCACCACGCCCCAGUAAACCCAUAAAUAAACCUGGCACAGCCACAGCAACAGCACCUGAUACAUUAUCCAAGCAGAAUGAACAUUUGGUUACCAUGACAACUGCAAGUCGGCAACCAGUUGGACAAACAAAUGUGUACAGAGGACAGCAGGAUGGAGACAGUCAAACAGGUUUAACUGUAGAAGCAAUAUCCCAUUCUUCACAGGAUCUGAAUGCAUUAGAUGUUUCCAUAGCAACAACAUUACAGGGUCUGACUUCUUACAACUCUUCUGUUGAAAGCACAUUGAAAAAUGAAUCAGAUCCCAAAAUCCCAGUUGUAAGUAUUGAAACAAAACCAAUUGAAGUUUCAGAAGACAGUGCUAUUGUUAUGAAUACCGGUACUCAAAAUAAUCUUAGUCAAACAGAAAUUCCAGGAACACCAUACUCAACAGAACAUGGUAAUUUAGGGAUAAUAUCUUCUUCUACAGUUAUUGAAAACAAUGAUUUUAAUGAAGUUGUAAUUUAUUUAACUGAGCCUUUGCCUAACUCUAGUUCUAACAAUAUUGUUGAUGUGGAGUCAUCAGAAUUCGGAAGUUUGUCAGUUCCUGUUGUUUCAGCUAUCUCAUCUGACAUUGUUAUAUCUCAACCAUUGUCUCAUUCAAGUCAUUCAGAACAUUUUCAUUUUAAUCCAUCAGAAAGGGACCAAGCAGCUAUUUCAGUUGUAACAGUUGAUUAUUCAGAUGUGGGUAACGAAACAGAUCCACCAGUAGAAAUAGCUGCGGAUUUAGAUACUGAAAAAGAGCAACCAGUACAUAUGGCUGUGGAUUUAGAUAUUGAAAAUAAAGAUGCAUCUUCCAUGUGUGUACCAGUAUCUCAGGAAGAAAUUGUUACCAUGGGAACUGAUACAUCAAUUCAUGUGUCUGAAUCAGUAGAAUUUUCUGGAAAUGUAGCUACGGGAAGUGAGAAAAUAGUAUUUGGACUACAAGAGACAGAAAAAGAAACAGUAACAGGGGAGAAGGAAGAUGAUGUGAAACAAGGUGUUGAAUAUGAAAUCCAAACAUUUCCUAGAACUGGGGAACCUUUUGUGGGACAUGAAAUAGAAACUGUGGCCACAACAGAUCAAAAUGUUUGUGAACCAGAAAAAGAUAUGGUGAUUAAUAAAGAUGAAGCAAUUCAUGAACUUGAAAAAGAAACUGUCAGUGAAAUAAAAGAAAAUUCAGGACAGUCUGAACUUGCAGAGGAUGAAACAGAGAAAAAAACCUGAAAUAAGAAUGAUAAACAAUGCAGAAGUAGCUGAUGUAGCAAACAGUAAAUGAUGCAGAGGAAAACUCUGGUGAAGUUGAUAUAUAUUUAGUGGACAAUACAGAGGAAAAUUCUGCUUAACUCAAAAUAAAAUCAGUGAAUGAUACAGAGAAAAUGUUUGGGGCAAUAAGAUAUAAAAGAAUGACAAUGUAGACAGGAAAAUUAAUGAAAAUGCUUGAUACUACCGAUGUAUAUUUUCAGUAAAAAAAAAUAAAUAUUUGAAAUGGAAUUAGGGAAUGAUUUUUUCCCCAUGUAUUAUUAAAGGAACAGUGAAGCCAUUAGAUAGAAGAUUCAUAGUCAAUUUCUCGCAACAUUUGCUAAUGAUAAAGUUAAUUCAGAACUGGAAAUUUCCAAUUUUUCAGUAGUACUUGGACCUAUACUUACAUUUACAUGUAUUACAGAAUUAAAACAUAAAAUUGUUGUUAUAUUGAAUGAGAUUUAUAGAUAAGAUAUAUUUGCAGAGUUGUCACAGUAAACAAGGGACCACAUAGUUGAUUUCUUUUCUAGAUAUGAAAAUUAUAACAAUAUUAAUGUAUUUUCAUGUACAUUUUUGCAGUUUUAUUUCUUCACAUAAAUGAAGGUAAUCCCUCAAAGUAAUGACAUAGGGAUGAUAAAAAUCACUUUAUAUGAUACUAAAGGCCUCUGUGGCCAAGAAGUUGAGUUCAUUGACAUAGUAUCACUUGCCACUCACUGCUGUUGUGACAAACCUCUGAGCUUGUAAAAGUCUUUUAGCUCCCUUAGCUGGAAUUAAUGUCCAUGGUUCUACCAAGGUUUAUUGUAGGGUUUCCAAACAUUCUGUUCUGGUACCCUGGUAAAUUGAAAUUGGUCUUCUUUAGCAAAUUCUCGGCGAUAUAUUACCAUUUUGUGUCGAUUCGCUGUAAAACCCAACUCACUCACUCUAGAAAAAUUAUCUUAUUACCAGAAUACAGAACCAUUCUAUUCAAGGGCCACAAGAUGCUUGAAAUUACCUGAAGAAGCCCUAGUAGUGGCUCUCCUUCAUUAGAGGUAGAAAAGUAUCAUAUGACCUGGAUGUGAAUUGUGCUGGUGAAUUAAAACCGCCAAAAUAAGAUUCUGCUAUUUGGUCCUUUUUCACAUGACAACACUUUAUAAAAGAUGGUGCAAAAAAUUAUGACAAGAAUAAUUGCUUCUGUUAAGUGUUUUCUUACAAAUUUAUCUGUUUAUACUGUUUUAAUAACUUUUAUGUGCUCAAUAUUUGUGCCAUAUGGUAUGCAAAUAGAAACAGAUACGAUGUCCAUAUUUCAGACAAAUUUUACAUAUUGUUGGGGUUUUUUUUUGUAAGAGCUGAUGUUAUAUUGAAUUUUUACUGGAAAAUUAACUGGAUAGAUCUUUGAAGUUAGGACACAUGCUUUUUUUUAAAAAAAAGAAUAGUGUAUUUUAAUAGAACACAAGUAGAGAUAUUUACUUUAAUAUUAGGGAUCAGUAAAUUUUCAGACGCUGCUAUUACACUAAAAAGGGCAGUAAAGUAAAUUUGUGUCAAAUUCAUGGUUUGAGCAAAAACAGCGUUUUAACCUUUAGCCUGCUGGCGGCAAGUGAUUUUGCCUUUGCGACCAACACAAAGGAAGAUCAGCCUGAACAUCUGUGUCUGCACUGUUCGCUAUUCAAUUAGUAAUGAUAAAUGGUACUGCCCGAACUGAAUGAUAGACCAGUCCAAUUUAGAAAUUUAGCAGGGUAAAGGUUAACAAUUUCACAGUAUUCUUUUAUAGAUAUUUUAGGUUUAUCUGAGAUUAUCAUUAGGUCAAAAAGGUAGUUAACUUAAAAUAUGACAAAAUUUUAAUGUUUUUGACGUAAAUCUUUCAAGAUUCUGUUCUGCUUCAAAGUUUCACACACAAAUUGUUUUCACACUAAGUGUUAGCACAGAGCUCUUGCCAUUUUUUCUUUUGAAAAUACAUGUAGAAACAUCAUGUUCAUUCUGUUGAAAAUAAUUAUUCUAACUGUUAGAGUUGUUAAUAUUGUUGUGUUUUAAUCUUUGAAUAAAAUGAUAAAAAUCUGA